UCAAUUUUAGUCGGUUAAUCCCCUGCAUCGUCAAAACAAUAACCUUCAUUCAGACCCAAUUCUCCAUCUUUCCCUCUUCAAUUCCAUCAUCUCUCUCUUCAAAAACCCUAAAAAUUCAAUCUUUAUCAAAACUCCAAUCUUACAACAACCCCCAAUUCAAUAAUCCCAACAAAACCCCCCUUUUAUCUCACGAAAAAACCCAUAAAAAUCCAAUCUUUAUACGUAUACAUAUGUAUAUCUCAUCUGGGUCAUCGUGAUUCUUGAUCAAGACUUGAAACCCACAAAUCUUUUUUGUUUUUUGUUUCUGGGUAUGUCGAAUUCGGGUCGGAUCCGGGUCAGGGAGGACAGGUUUUAUAGCCCACCGGCGAUGAGGAGGUAUAACCAGCAGCAGCAGCAGCAGAAGAAAGUACAACAAGAGGAGCAGAAAGUACAACCUCAACAAGAUGAGUGUUUGAUGAGUAGUUGUAGGAAUCAGGUGGUUACUAAUUUGGAUCGGUUUAUGAAACAUACUACUCCUGUUGUUGUUGCUCAGCAUUUACCUAAGACUAGCAUGAAGGGAUGGAGGAAUCAAGAAAACGGUUGCCACCCAUACUUUAUACUCGGGGAUCUUUGGGAAUCGUUAAAGGAAUGGAGCGCGUACGGAGCCGGAGUUCCUCUUGUGUUGAACGAAAGUGAUUCGGUUGUGCAAUACUACGUGCCAUAUUUGUCCGCCAUUCAACUAUACGUAGACCCAUCAACACCCAUAACCAGCAAUAGAAGGCCUGGUGAGGAAAGUGAUUCCGGGUCGUCAAGAGCGACCAGUAGUGACGGCAGUUAUGAGCCUCGAGUUGAAGAAAAUAAUGUCGGUUCGGUUACCAAGAGUUCUAAUAAGCUUGUGCUUAGAGGUGGUGAUUCUCUUGUGGGAAACGGGGGUAAUGAAGAAGGCGAGAUUAGAACUCCUCCGGGGCUUUUAAUCUUUGAAUACUUUGAGCGUGCUUUACCGUAUCAUCGUGCGCCUUUAGCUGAUAAGAUAUCAGAUCUUGCAUCGAAGUUUCCAGAACUGAAAACAUAUCGUAGUUGUGAUCUGACUCGAUCAAGUUGGGUUUCGGUUGCCUGGUAUCCCAUAUACAGAAUUCCCGUUGGCCCGUCUUUACAGAAUCUCGAUGCGAGUUUCUUGACUUUUCAUUCUCUAUCAACACCAUUAAGAAAUAUGGAAGGCGACAAGCCACCUCAUCACGGGUCAACUGUAGUCAAAGUUGAUGAUGCCGGGAUCACCUUACCAAUUUUCGGACUUGCGGCUUACAAGUUCAAGAGUUCUGAUUGGACGCAAAGUGGGGUCCACGGAACGGAAAAAGUGAAGUCGUUGAUGAACUCGACUGAAAACUGGCUGCGGAGUUUAAACGUGUAUCAUCCGGAUUUUGUGUUCUUCAAGAACCACGAUUUCUGGCGAUGAAAGGAGGAAUGUAGGUGGUGGUAUAAGUAAGUUAUAACAGAUAGAUGGAACUGACGACAGAAUCUUUUUGGGUUUGAAAAUGGUGAAAAAAUGAGCAGGAAGAGUCCAAGUUGUGGGGCUUUUUGAUGAUGGAUUUGAUGGGCUUUUUUUAGUGAUGGAACUUUGUUGAUAUGGAUUAGUUAAUGUACAAACUAUGUUAUUAUUAGCAUGUGUAAACAAAUGUAUAACUUAUAAGUUAUAAUGCUCUUAAAAUAUCAUUUUCUUAAAA